AUGGAGUUGGCCAGACCUCAAGCUGUUAUGGCCACUGGUCAGGUUCUGUUUCACCAUUUCUAUUUUGCUGCCAGCUGUUUGUGGCUUGCAUCAAAACCGGAGGAAUGCCCUAAAAAAUCCAGGCAGGUUAUCAUUGUUUCCCACAGGAUGGAAUGUAGGAGGGAGAACCUACCCAUUGAGCCUUUGGAUCCAUAUUCAAAGAAAUGUUCGGACUUGAAGAUGGAGUUGAGUAAAGCAGAAAGGCUUCUCACUAACCUUAUUGGUGAUAGUACAACAUUGUGUGUGCGAUUCAAGAGUAGGGUGCUGGCUCAUCUGUACAGCCUUCCUAAAGCAAAGUACGUACCAGUCUGUACGGAUGGAGAUUCUUUUACAUUUUCUAACAAGUCAUGUAAUUCACAGUCUCAGCCAAUUCCAAAGGCUGCAGCAGAAGUCAAUCCUGAAUCUGGUGGAUCAAAGGGUGUGUUGGCCAAGCUAGCCAUUGACAAGCUGAAGGACUCUAAAGAGAGUGAUGAAAGUAUGCCUAUUGAGGGAGAGGCAAUAGAAGAUUUCAGUAUCAAAUCCAAGUCUGAACGCAAAAUGGAAUCUAGUGGCAAUAAAAGCUGGGACAGGGACAGGGAGAGAGGUAAGGAGACAGAGACAGGGAUAGAAUGA